GCAGUGACGCGCGGGCGGUUCCGGGGCCGGAGUCCGCGGCCAUGGCGUCGCCGGCGGCCGCCGGGAGCAGCUGCCGGCUGGAGUUCGCGGUGGCAGAUGAGCUGCCAGGGCCUGUGCCGAUGCCUGUGCGGGCAGCGCUGGACGCGGCCCCCGACGUGAAGCUGCUGGAGCUGCGGCCCCAGGAGCAGUCGGUGCUGGUGGAGACGACGGUGGCGGCCGAGCGAGUGCGGGAGCUGCUGGAGAAUUCGGGGUGCAGGGCCGUGCUCAAGGGCAUGGGGGGCUCCCCCGAGGGUGAGAGGGGCUCCCCGGGGGGGGCGGCGGUGGCGGCGCUGGGGGGUCCCGGGGGGGUCCGGGGGCUGGUCCGGUUCCUGCAGCUCUCACCCGGCCGCUGCCUCGUGGACGGGGCCGUGUCCGGGCUCCCCCCUGGUCCCCACGGGCUCCACAUCCACGAAUUCGGGGACCUCUCGGACCCCUGUAACAGCUGCGGGGGCCACUUCGACCCUGACGGGGAGACCCACGGGGGCCCCCAGGACCAGCACAGGCACGCCGGGGACCUGGGCAACAUCUGGGCGGACGCCGAGGGCCGAGCGCGGUUCCGAAUUGAGGACACGCGGCUGAAGGUCUGGGACAUCAUCGGCCGCUCCGUGGUGGUGGCCGAGGGCGAGGACGACCUGGGCCGGGGGUCGCACCCGCUGUCCCGCGUCACCGGCAACUCGGGGCCGGGGCUGGCCUGUGGCGUGGUGGCCCGCGCGGCCGGGCUCUAGAACCCCAAACGCGUCUGUUCCUGCGACGGCGUCACCCUCUGGGAGGAGCGCGACCGGAGCCACGGGACCCCCCCGGGGACCCCCAGCCCCCACCUCUAGGAGCCUCCCCCCCCCGGGACCAAAUAAACGCCCCUCGCUCUGCA